ACACAAAUUCCGGACCAAAAUAAAUGAGCAUUAAAUAAUUAAAUGGAAUAGUUUUACAGUAACAGUUUUUCCAAGAUGGCUCCUCCAAAGAAGGAGGAGUACUCAUGUGAGAUCAACAGCAACAAAUAUUUUGCGCUGUGCGCUGGCGGCGGUGCCGUGUGCUGCGGAUCCACGCACUUGUUCGUCACGCCUCUGGAUCUGGUCAAAUGCAGGCUGCAGGUAGAUCCCGGCAAGUACAAAUCCAUCUUCAAGGGUUUUGGCGUUUCUUUCAGUGAGGGCGGCGUUAGGAAUCUCGUCAAAGGUUGGGCACCCACUCUAUUGGGAUACGGCGCCCAGGGAGCGUUUAAGUUCGGCGGAUAUGAAUUCUUCAAAUACAAAUACAGUGAACUCGUGGGGGAGGAAAACGCUUACUUGUACCGGACGGGGAUAUAUCUAGCCGCGUCUGCGACCGCCGAAAUGAUAGCCGAUAUCGCGCUCUGCCCAUUCGAAGCGACUAAAGUCCGCAUGCAGACCACGCCCGGUUACACUUCAUCUAUGCUGAAAGCUAUGCCGCAUAUGCUGUCGACCGAAGGCUUCGGAGUGUUUUAUAAAGGGCUCGUGCCGCUGUGGGGCCGGCAAGUGCCGUAUACAAUGAUGAAAUUCUCAUCGUUCGAGAAGACAGUGGAAUAUCUGUACGCGAGUGUGAUGCCGAAACCGAGGGAGGAGUGCACAAAGGGCGAGCAACUUCUCGUGACGUUCGCCGCAGGUUACAUCGCCGGAGUGCUGUGCGCAAUAGUGUCCCACCCGGCUGACACCCUGGUGUCGAAGAUGAACAAGGACCCGAGCUCGAGUAUAGGCGGGAUACUGUCAGAAGUUGGAUUAUUCGGUAUCUGGCGGGGCCUGACGGCACGUAUCAUAAUGAUAGGUACGCUGACCGGGCUGCAGUGGUUCAUCUACGACGCUUACAAAGUGUACAACGCCAUGCCCCGCCCCGCGCCUGGGCCCAUGCCUGAAUCUUUGAGGAAGAAACUAGGUAAAUAAAUAGCGAAUUGUUCGAUUUUAAAGCGUUAAAUAUAUUGUGUUGUCCAAAUACGACGUGUUGUGUUUUUCUUCUGUCCAAAAUACGUGAUCUUGCAUUGGGUAAACAAAGACGGUCUAUAUACAAUUGCUGAUAAUCGUUACUUUUCUUUGUUUUGCUGUUACACUGGUAGUUAUAGCAUGUAACGUACCUACUCGUACUGUUUGCAAUCUUCGAAACUCUC